AUGUCCUUCGCCAGCCUUCCCUCCGAGCUCCGCUCCUACAUCUGGAGCUUGGCCGUGGCGCCUCGGCGCAUCACAAAUGUCCGCGCCAAGAAGAGCGAGGGCAGCUUCAGCAAGAAGCAGCGCCUGAAAGGCAAGGAUAUCCUCUACGAGACCACGUCAACGCCGCCCCCGGCUCUCAUGCAUGUAUGCCACGAGUCUCGUCAGCAAGCGCCCUACCAGCGCGCGUUUACCGCGGGCACCGAGCCGCGCUGGACGUGGGUCAACUUUGACGUCGACAUUUUCUGCGUCUCGAGCCUCUACGCCAUUCAAGACCUUGCGUCUGUCUCCCAGCAAUCCGAGGUCCAGCGGCUUCAGAUUCGGACUGACGACCAACCUGACUGGUAUGAGUGGGCUACCACUUAUAAUGGGCUUUCCCCUCUCUGUAAAUUAGAGAGCCUCAGGGAAAUUCAGGUGGUGUUAGAGCUUGGUGAUGCAAUGUGGGGAGAUGUGUUUACGGACUGGGGCUUUGGAUGCUGUCCUAAAGAUAAUAUUACAUUCCUCGACGAGGAGUCUGGGCUUAUGCUCACUGGCCCUCAGCUGAAGAUGGUGGGCGAUUGGCAGACGGUAUUCUCGUUUGACAGGGAGGGAAACCCGCCUGACCCGGAUCAUCUCUCGGAAGAGAUUGCUCAUGCCCUUGACGAUUCUUGGCACAUGACUUUAGCACAAAUGCACGAGAUGGAUUGA